GAGCAUUUCCUGUCUCAAUUGUGACUCACGUCCAUCUCCGCGCGCUUCCUCUCAGAUGAGGGAGGAGAAUGAGGCUCGAGCCGAUAUAAGAGCAUCGAUCCGGGGUCAAACGCGAUUGAGCGUGUCAUGGAGCGGUUCGGUGCGAUCGGUUUUGGAUCGGUUCUUCUCGUGUAUCUGAUGUCUGGUGCAUCAGCUCUGCUCCACACAGCCAAAACGCACAGUGUGUGUAAGUCAUGUGGCCCUCAGCCGGCGAACUGCAAGUCGUAUCAGUGCCUCGCGAACUGCAGUGUAUCAGAGGUCUGCCCGAGUCCAGAUGACGUCUGCGCCGCCGUCUGGUGGAGGAAUAAUGGAAUGGUGACGGUGCAGACAAAGUGUCAUAACCCGAAGCAGCUGCUGAAAGGGGUGAUGAUGGACAACUACAACAGCUCAGACUGUGUGCUGACGAUCAGAAACACAGACCCCCAUAACCUCCGUCUGUGCGCCUGUACGGGACGCGAGUGCAACGAACGCAUGCUGCUGAACGAAGUAGAUGACAAAAUAAUGUCUGCGUCAGAUACUGCGUCAGGACCGUUCAAACUCUCUCAGCUCUGUAAGUUCUGUGACAUUGAACUGACAGAGUGUAACGCCACCGGCGUCUGCAAUUCCUCGUGCACUGUCAGCUCCAUCUGCGAGAAACCCAACGAGGUGUGCGUCAGUGCCUGGAGGAGAAAUAACGGGAGAGCCACCAUUGAGACGGUGUGUCACAAUCCAGCCGUCCCGUUUCGCGGUCAGUAUCUGACGGACUACAACAACAGCGUCUGUCAGAUGAAGCAGGUGAAGGGGAUGGAGGACGAUUUCUACAUCUGCUCCUGCAGUCAGGAAGAGUGUAACGAUAAGCUCUUCUUCACUGAUGCUCCUUCAGGUCCAGGAGACUUUAGGAAGGAUCCCCCACUGGUGCUGUUGAUCACUGUGGUUCCUGCGUUGAUCGCUGUCGUCGUUCUCCUCUCGACCUUCUACUGCUACCGCGUUUUCCGCCAGCAGAGUCUCAAAGCGCCUAAGACCAAAGGCAUCGACAUCGAGACUUGUGCGAUCAUGAGCGACGACGACCGGUCCGACAGCAGCUCGGCCAACGCCAACAGCCUGAACCACAACACGGAGCUUCUUCCAAUCCAGCUGGACAUUAUAGUCGGUAAAGGCCGCUUCGCCGAAGUCUACAGAGCCAAACUCAAGCAGGGAACGACGGACGAAUCCUUCCAGAUGGUAGCCGUGAAGAUCUUUCCCUACGAAGAAUACGCCUCGUGGAAAACCGAGUGGGAGAUUUUCUCCGACGCCGAGCUUCGACACGAAAACGUGCUUCAGUUUCUGACCGCCGAGGAUCGGAAGGCCGAGCGACGCUAUUGGCUGAUAACGGCCUAUCAUGAGCGAGGAAACCUGCAGGAGUUCCUGACGCAGCACGUGAUUGGCUGGGACGAGCUGUGCCGAUUGGGCGGGUCUUUAGCGAGGGGCGUGGCUCAUCUCCACGCUGAUCGGACGCCGUGCGGACGCGCCAAAGUGCCCAUCGUACACCGGGACCUGAAGAGCGUAAACGUCCUGGUGAAAUCAGACCUCAGCUGCUGCCUGUGCGACUUCGGACUCAGUUUGCGACUCGAUAACUCCAUGUCUCCUGAAGAACUGGCCAACAGCGGACAGGUGGGAACGGCGCGAUAUAUGGCUCCUGAGGUGCUGGAGUCCAGGAUGGACCUGGAGAACAUCGAGUCCUUCAAACAGGCCGAUGUUUACUCCAUGUCUCUGGUUCUGUGGGAAAUCACGUCCAGAUGCAGCGCCAUCGGAGAUGUGCGCGAAUACGAGCCUCCGUUCGGGAAGCUGAAGGAUCAUCUGUGUGUGGAGAGCAUGAAGGACGAUGUUAUCAGAGAUCGACUGAGACCCGAGAUACCCACCAGCUGGACUAACCACAUGGGCAUUCAGCUGCUGAGCUCCACCAUAGAGGAGUGUUGGGAUCACGACCCCGAGGCUCGUCUGACGGCGCAGUGCGUCGUGGAGCGAUUCGGUGAAAUCAGCAGCGCCGUGAUCCCGCCCGUCAGCUCCGACACCAAAAGCACACAGGAUUCUGGGAAUGAUGAGAAAUAGAUCCAAACCGCAGACACCCAUCUGUCGAAUUACUUGAUAAAGGCCAUUUCAGACAGAUGUGUGACAUUUGCACUUUACGGGAACAACUAAACGCGCCAAAUCCACGCAUGCGUACAGCACAGGUGAUGUUUAUUUAGCUAUGAACUCAUACUCAAUAUCCAGAGCGCGUGUAUGACGCCAGUCGCUCGUUAGCAAUCAUUAUAAGCUUCAGGGAAAAUCUGCUUUGCCGACGUGAAAUAGUCAAACAGAGGAACAGGAGCGCAAGUCCUGACGCAAAGGAUUCUGGGACGUGAACUUAUACCAGGAACAUCCAAGGGACCAUUUGUGAACUUUCAGUAUUAUAAAGCCACAGGAUGAUUAUGAGCGAUAAAUCAAAUCCAGCUGAUUUAAGUGUUAGAGGAAAAUAUAUCAAAGAACCAAAGAGAAGCGUGAGCCAAAGAUAAUCAGGAUUAUAGAGAUGAAAUAUGAAUUCUGCUGUAUUUGAGACACUCAGGUGAAGCUGUUUGUUUAUUAAUGUGAAAAUAUAAAGACUUUUACACACGUGCCUUACAGAACGAAGAUUGAUUUAGAUGUUUUAGAAUGUUGAUGGUCUGUUAAUGAGGAUCUGAUUGUUCAGCCGAUGAAAUAUCAACUUUCAGAUUCAGCAGAUGAAAGCAAGAGUUAUAAAAGCCAAGAAAAGAGCACUUUUUUACAUAUAUGCAUAUAUAUAUAUAUAUAUACAUAAUCGUGUAUAUUUGUUUAAAAACUUUAUAAAACAUCAUAAAAUCA